GAUGUGUUGAUAACAGCUCCAUGGCUGGCCCUGUCUCCGGCACCAUGAAGGACGAGGUGGCUCUCCUGGCCACUGUCACCCUCCUAGGAGUCCUGCUACAAGGUCAUUUCUGCGCGCAGGGCCUUCCGCGUGUCACCGCCGCUCACCACCGGCCCGCCCGGCUUCGAACGUGUCUACCGAGCCCAGUGAGGCAGCAGGGGUGGGGGGCAGCGGGAUGGACAGGGUCGCCCCGGGUGCGCCUGGGUCCUGUGCCAGCCCAGCAACGCAUCAUCCGGCCCGCCGCCCGCAGGGUGAACUGCAGCGAGUACUUCCCGCUAUUCCUCGCCGCUCUCUGGGUCGCCGGCAUCUAUUUCCACGAAGGCGCCGCCGCCGCCUGCGGCCUGGUCUACCUGUUCGCGCGCCUGCGCUACUUCCAGGGCUACGCGCGCGCAGCUCAGCUCAGGCUGGCCCCGCUGUAUAAGAGCGCCGGCGCGCUCUGGCUGCUGGUGGCGCUGGCGGCGCUCGGCCUGCUGCUGCACUUCCUCCCUGCCCCGCUGAGCGCGGCGCUGCUCCGCCGGCUCAGGAUGCUGCUGCCCUGGGCCUGAGACCGACAGACCCGAGAGCCUCCAGGAGCGGGCGGGUGCCCCGCCUCUGCCUCAGGCGUCUGAUUCAAGUCUCUGCAACGGCUGUUCCCGUAACUGCUUUCCCCGGGGCU